CUUGAUAGAUAUCAUAAAAUCUCGGGACAUAUUAAAAGUUUUCUACAAUGUCAUCGGUAACAGUGGAAAAAGCCCAAAUGUACCCACGCAGCAUGUCUAAAAUCGAUCGUCUGAAUGCCCGGGUUGCGAAGCUACUGACCGUAGCAGUACACGAGGUGCUGGAAGUUGUAAGAGAAACGGUGUCAGAGUACCAGGAGAAAACCGCUCGGACACAGAGAGAGAACGAAAAACUGCGACUUAAACUACGAGAUGCGCUUGAGAAAUUGGAAAAAGAGAAAGAGGCAUCAAGACAUGCCACUGUCUUCACUCAGCAGCAGCCAUGUGAGCAAUCUUGGAGCUCCUGUAUAGGGCAGAACCCAGAAUCCUCUUGGGCUAAGGACAGACCUGUAAAAGCAGAGAUCUCUCUUGAUCAGACAGAUAGAGAAGACAGCUCCAGAUCAGAGCCUAGCCAACUUGCUGACCCUGAGACUGUGUGUGACCUGAGCGUUGCAUUCACAUUAGCUGAACAGAAGAAGGUGCCAUCUGAGAGCAGAUCAAACACAGCACUACCACCCUUCACACCUCCCAGCAUAAAACAAGUAGAGACUAUAGACACCAUCAGUACUGUGAAUGUGACUUUACCCAAAUCACAGACUCCAAACACGUCCUGUACAGACGUCCUGCCUAGCGUGGCAACCGAUGACAUCAAAACAGAACCUGACAUCAGUGAUUACCCAGCCUCACCGCAGCAUGUACCGCAGAGUGGAUUUGACUUUGCAGAAGAUUUGAGCGCGGCUUCAGCCAGGCAAGAAUCAGAUGCCUCGAAUGCCAAAACCUCUGAAGGUUCAGGUUCCUACGGGCUUUAUUUCAUUCACACCAACCACAGCCCGAUCGGGAGACGUUUUAGCUACGGGAGGGCUGUUAGGACAACACUAGACAGUAGGAGGCAUAAGCAGGGACAGCGACGAGAGGAGCAGCACAUCUGUGUGAUCUGUGGGAAGACGUUCAGUCGUGUGGGGAACCUGAGAAUACACCAGAGGUGCCACACUGGGGAGAAACCUUAUCGAUGCCUGCAGUGUGGACGCUGUUUCAGUCAGGCAGGGGACUUAAAGAAACACAAAAGGGUGCACACGGGGGAGAAACCGUACUAUUGUGGCCAGUGUGGAAAGAGCUUCAGUCGAGGAGAGAAUCUGAAACGCCAUCAGAAGAUCCACAUUGGGGAAACACUACAGCUCCAGCAAGGAGGAUCAUGGAGGGAUCCUCAGAUAAAUUAAGGAUUCUGUUUUUAUCUCUUUUGUUUUUUUUUAGAUUUGCCUUAUUGUCAACAAUUUAUAAAAUUUUAGAAAAUAUGCUCAAAUAGAGCAUGGGCUUAAGAACAUAUCAUGAUGCCGAUAUUAUUGAUUUUCAGUGGACGUGAUACCACCAUAAUAUUAAGCCCUAGUGUCAUGAAACAGUCAGAGGUGCUUACUGUUGUGCCACAUGUGGAUGUCGGCACAUUUUGUUUGACCUGUGCAGACAGUGCAGCUAUUGUAUGAGGUAUGUGACGAGAGUCAUAAUCUAGUUUUAAGUGAGGUAUAUUUUUGUUGAACGUUUUCUUUCUUUUCUGUGAAACUGGGCAAUGAAAUUUG